AUGGACGGGUCGACGCGCGCGAUCGCGCUCGUACUCGCGGUGUUCGCGCUCGUAACCGCGCGCGCCCACAUACCCUCCCACGAUAACAUACUCCGAAUUCAAUUAUGGGAUGCGGAAGGUCUCAGCAGGGAUCCCAUCACUACGCCGGCUCAUAUUACGACGUCGGCUCCAAGAAGCACCAGGCGACACAAGUUGAAAGUAAACUUGGAUUCUCUGUAUGAUGCGAUGCUGGAAGAAAGUCGAAGUAGUGGUUACGGCAGGUUCACGCGACACAAAGUCCGUCACAAGCGACGUCGUCCCCGGCAGAGUGGCCCUGACCUGCCUUGGAGGUUCCAUUCUGGGGAUCGGCUAAUGAAUGUGGAGGUGUACAAUGACGAUGUGCCGUGGGAAGUUAUCGAGGGUAACAAUUCCGGGGCGGUCGUGAAUAGCAGUGCAGUGAGUGACAGUGCCAGUUCCACAGUGAAUGAGCAGCGGGACGUGGGGCCGCCGAUGUUGCUGCGUCAGCCUGAGGACGAGGUAAUGAGUGAGGGCAAACACUGUAUACAUUAA